CACAUCGAGUUUUUUUUUUUUGCAAAACCAAAAUAUAUAAUCAAAAUGUAAUUUAGAAAAUGUGUACACACAGUAGUAUACUUUCACUUGAGUACACUUUAAUAUGGCAACAGUUUAUAAUAAUUGAGUACACUUUAUAACUUAGUCAAAGUCAAAGUAAACUUUAUUGUCAUCUCUGCUAUAUACUAUACAGGUACAUAGAGAGACGAGAUGAUGUGGCUCCAGUUUUUUUCAGUGCAGACGAGAGAAAGACAUGUAACAAAUCGGCACGUGGUAAAUAAAGUAAAUAAAUAUAAGGUAUACAAAAAAAUAUACUAUACUUGGAGAUAGAGGUAGAGGAGGUUAUAAUAGUUAUGUAUGGAAAAUGUGCAAAUAAGUGGCAGAAGUGCAAAAAUGCUUGUAGCAGAGUUUGUGUGUAAAGUGCAGAUGUGCAGGAGUCAAUUUGUUCGCAGUCCGGGUGUGUGUGGGGGGGUAAGUGUGUUCAGGAGUCUAAUGGCUACUGGGAAAAAGCUAUCCCGCAGCCUGGAAGAUCGAGUCCUGAUGCUGCGAUAGCGUCUGCCAGAUGGGAGGAGUGUGAAGAGUCCGUGUGAAGGAUGAGAGGAGUCAAGCACGAUGCAGGAGGCCCUCCUGAUGCAGCGCUUGUUGAAGAUGUCAUGCACCGAUGAUGUUCCCAGCUGCUUUGAUGAUCCUUUGAAGCCGUUGGUUAUCGGAAACCGUGCUGUUUCCAAACCAGACGGAGAUGCAGCUGGUCAGGACACUCUCUAUGGUGCCCCUGUAGAACACGGUGAGGGUGGGAGGUGGGAGGUUGGCUUGCUUAAGCCGUCUCAGGAAGUGGAGACGUUGCUGGGCCUUUUUGGUGAUGGAGGUGGUGUUGGUCGUCCAGGUGAGGACGUCUGAGAUGUGAACUCCCAGGAACUUGGUGUUUUUUACCAUCUCAACUGUGGAACCGUGGAUGCUGAGUGGUGUGUGGCUGGGGCGAGUUCUCCUGAAGUCGACAACCAUUUCCUUGGUUUUAUCCACAUUCAGCGACAGGUUGUUCUCAUUGCACCACGUGGACAGCUGCUGAACCUCGUCUCUAUACGCCGACUCAUCGUUGUUGCUGAUGAGCCCCACCACCAUCGUGUCGUCUGCGAAUUUGAUGAUGUGGUUUGAGCUGUGCAGGGCAGUGCAGUCAUGGGUCAGGAGUGUGAUAAGAAGUGGACUGAGAACGCAGCCCUGAGGAGCACCUGUGCUCAGUCUGAUGGUGCUGGAAACGCUGUUGCCGAUUCGAACAGACUGAUGCCUCUCUGAGAGAAAAUCCAGAAUCCAGUUGCAGAGUGAGGUGCUCAGUCCCAAUCCGCUCAGUUUUACACACAGUCUUUGUGGAAUGAUGGUGUUGAAGGCUGAACUAAAGUCUAUGAACAGUAGUCGCACGUAAGAGUCUUUAUUGUCCAGAUGACUUAAUUACAAUUUUUCCCUCAAAUUCCUAAUUGGCUCCUUAUCAAUAGUUAGUAGUUAAGGUAGUUGUUAAGUUUAAGUAUUGGGUAGGAUUAGGGAUGUAGCAUAAGAUUAUGUAGAUAUGACAACAAUAUGUGCUUAAUUAGUCGAAUAAAUGGCUAAUAUUCAAGUGCAUGACAAUAAGCAACCAGUUAAGUGACCCUAAAAUAUGUUAAACGUCGACUUUAAUACUUUUUAUACCCCGGCGCGUACAAGCUAAGUGACAAAACACUUUAAUAUCUCAGGAAAGACAAAUACCAAUGAAUGAAACUUUAUGGAUGUAUCAGUAAUUAUAUUAAAUGACUUACUUUUUGACGAAUUAGCUGUACUUUCAGUCUGAACAUUCUUGCGUGCAGAUACAACUACAGGGGGGAAGCAAGCAUAGUUCAGUAUUAAAAAAACACCUGAAAACAUGUACAUAAGCAGGGUUGCCAACUCACACAUAUGGCUUUGUCUCACAUUAAUAGGCUGCCCAACUAAACUUCACAACAAUUUUACAUCAAUAAUCCCUAUGUUUUCACACUGCAUUGGGGAGUAAACAUUUCCAUGCUGUGAAAUGUUUUUUUGAUUGAGAACAUUGAUACCUUAAAAUGACCAAUCCCCUGACCAGUGCCCUUGACUUUUCAUGUAGAGUGCUGACAGAGUUAAGAAUGCCUGUCUAGGCCUUAUUUCAAUUAAGAUUUUCAAGUAGCCUAUCUUUUAUAAACAUCCCUUAGAAUAAAACAUAAAACAUUUGCACUGGUGUGCAAAACAAUGUUUUACGAUAUGUCAGUGCAAUCAGUUUUCAGCUAAAACAGCUCAAACAUGCAUUUAAGUGAGACUAGGCCUUGUCUGUGAAAACGGGACAAUGAGUUACCAAAAUCUCACUCAAGCCAGGCCACUCAAGUUUGCAAGCCUGGCAAAAGUACAUCAAACAACAUGCAUGUCACAAAUACUUACCAUAUUCACCUGAGCUGUACUUGCUCUGUGUGGUAAUUUUCCUCCCACAACGCGUUGCCUUUCUCUUCUCAUCCAUCUUGCUCAAAUUUGUUGAUUGGUGCGAAGCUAUGCUUAAUGGUGCGGUUGGCGCCACCCCAUCGUCCUCGUGGUCUAAUGACAUGGUUUGGAUUUUUAUUACUGUAAUUCCACUUCUAAACCCUACGUGAAGCUCUGGUGGGUCUUGGAUAUCUUUACAGUUAUCCCAGUUUGUAUACACAUCCAAAGAUGGUGCAAUACCAUAAAGUUUUACUUGGGUUCAUGUUUGUAUUACGUUUAAGCCCUUGCACAUGAUUGAAGCAGGUUCUCAUCGCACCGGAAAUAGGUGGGGCAAUCUCUGUUGUUUUUAGCGCCACCUUACCUGAGUUUAAUUAGUUAGCACCAAUAGCUCUCUGGUCAUGUUGCAUUCAAAAUUGCUGCUUUUUGCGAUUCGGAAACCCACGACUAACAGGAAACGCAUGCUCAUUAAAUGGCUUCAACGUAAAAAGUUACUAGCAAGGAGAGUAAAGUGCUCAAGAUGUGGCCAUAAUAUGACAAUGGAGAGAAAUAGAAGACAUGUCGACGGUUUUCAUUGGAUGUGCAGACAUAAAAGUCAUCGAGGCAAGAAAACCAGCCGAUCAGUGCGAGUAGGGUCUCUCUUUGAGAAAUCAAAACUCAGCUUGUCAUCUUGGAUAAUGUUCAUUUACAGGUUCACUCAGGGGUUACGGAUCAGACAAAUUGAUAUGAUGCAAGAUAGCAUUGCAAAAAGCUCCAAAACACUCUCUAAGAUGGCUCGUAUCAUGAGGAAUGUUUGCCACUGUGCUAUGAAACGAUUCAGAAGAAGACAUGGACAGAUGAUUGGAAGUUCUCUGGAAUUUGCCGUUCUUGAUGAAAGUGACUUUCGUCAUAAAAGAAAAUAUGGACGAGGGAGAGCAUCAACAACAUGGAGGCGAAAGAAAUGGGUGUUUGGCAUUCUAGGUGUGAGGAAUAAACACAGACACCCAAUCUUGCGGCUUGUGAAAAGAAGAUCAAGAACACACCUCGUCCCCAUAGUUGUGAAACAUGUGCGUCCAGGCACUACCAUUAUUUCAGAUGAGUGGAGAGCCUACCGGGGUGCUUUGGCCAGCAUGGGCUACAGACAUUUCACAGUAAACCAUUCCCAGUGGUUUGUAGACCCACACAGUGGAGCUCACUCACAACACAUUGAAAGAGCGUGGCUGACAUACAAAACGAACGUAUGGAGACUAAGAGGGAAUAGGACAGGGAAGAUGCUAAAAGAACACCUCUCACUCAUAGAGUGGACUCACUGGCUUGGGGAAAAACAUAAGCAGGGACCACUUGGGCGCAUAAUAAAAGACAUAUGCCAUCAAUUUCUUGUUUAGAGGACAACAAGCUGAACAUUUGUAUUUUGUGUAAGACAUAAGUAAAAUAAAGGUUAAAAUACAAGUUACCUUAACCUCUUGAU